GUUUUGUUGAAUAUUAUCACAAGGCUUGAAUCUCAUGGCUUCGUAUGAUGAGCAACAAGGAAAGCCUCUACCCAAGUUUGGGGAAUGGGAUGUGAAUGAUCCUGCCUCAGCUGAAGGAUUCACUGUUAUAUUCAACAAGGCGAGAGAUGAGAAGAAAAUUGCCUCAGCAUCUGGACGAUUCCCUUCACAGCGAAGGAAUGAUUCUCGCAACCGCAAGGGUAACAAAAAAUUCAAGAGUUCCCCAAAGAAAAAAUGGUUUUGCUUUGGCCCUUAG